CCCAUCGAUCGCUAAGCUCGGCAAGACAGACGUACGAUGGACGGAGCGGGAGUACUCUGGAGCCGUCAGAUGGAGUCGCCAUUGGCAGCGAUUCUGUUCACCGUGGCGGCACUGGCGGCCGGCGCAUUCGCCGUGUAUUUCUACGCGCCGUCGUGGCGCCUGCGCAGGGUGCCCGGGCCUCUCGCCUACGGGCUCAUCGGCCACCUGCCGCUCUUCACCAAGCAUGGCCCCGAGGUCUUUGGCGUCCUCGCAAGGAGAUACGGGCCCAUCUACAGGUUUUACCUGGGUCGACAGCCGGUGGUGGUGAUCGCGGACGCAGAGCUGUGCAGGGAGGCCGGCAUCAAGAAGUUCAAGAGCGUCGUCGACAGGAGCGUGCCCAGCACCAUCCGUAGCUCGCCCAUCCACUUCAAAAGUCUCCUCUUCACCAAGGGCUCGAGGUGGCAGUCGAUGCGGAACGUGAUCAUCGCCAUCUACCAGCCAUCUCACCUUGCAAGCCUCAUCCCGGCCGUCCAUCCCUACAUCCGCCGCGCCGCCCGUCUCCUCCACCCCGGCCAAGAGGUCGCCUUCUCCGACCUCGCCGUCAAGCUCUUCUCCGACACCAUCGGGCAAGCCGCGUUCGGCGUCGACUUCGGGCUCACCAAACCCGACGACGCCAACAAUGUCGACAGCACCAUCAACAACGAAAAAACAGCCACGGACGACUUCAUCGAGAAGCACCUGUACGCGCUGACGUCGCUCAAGGCGGACCUCAAUGGGUCGCUCUCCAUGGUGCUGGGAACCGUGGCGCCGCUGCUGCAGGAGCCGGCCCGGCAGCUGCUGCUGCGGGUGCCGGGCUCGGCGGACCGCCUGAUGGACGAGACCAACCGGGCCCUUAGCGGGCUCGUGGACGCCAUCGUGGCGGAGCGGGCCGCCAUGGAGGCCCAGAGCGAGGGGGAGAAGAAGAACUUCCUGUCCGUGCUGCUCAAGGCCCGGGAGAGCAGCCACGCCAUGAGGGAGCUCUUCACGGCCGACUACGUCUCCGCGCUCACCUACGAGCACUUGCUCGCCGGGUCCGGGUCCAUGUCCUUCACGCUCUCGGGACUCGCGUACCGGGUCGCCAUGCACCCGGAGGUGGAGGAGAAGAUGCUAAGUGAGAUCGACGCGUUUGGGCCCAAGGACCUCGUGCCUGACGCCGAGGAACUCAACACCAAGUUCACCUACUUGGAGCAGGUUUUGAAGGAGACGAUGAGGUUCUAUUCUUCGUCCCCGCUGGUUUCGAGGGAAACGACCGAGGACGUCGAGAUCGGAGGCUAUCUCCUGCCAAAGGGAACGUGGGUGUGGCUAGCGACGGGGCAGCUAUCGAAAGACCCGAAGCAUUUCCCCGACCCGUACACGUUCCGUCCCGAGCGGUUCGACCCGGAGGACGAGGAAUGCAAGCGAAGGCACCCCUACGCGUUCCUCCCCUUCGGCAUCGGCCCUCGGGGUUGCCCCGGGCAGAAGUUCGCCAUGCAGCAGCUCAAGCUCGUGGUUAUCCACCUGUACCGCCGCUACGUCUUCAGGCACUCCCCCGGCAUGGAGUUUCCCCUGCAGCUCGAGUUCUCCAUCGUGAACAACUUCAAGCAUGGCGUCAAGCUCCAAGUCAUCGAUCGAGAAGAGCACUAACUGAUGUACUCCGUGUGAUCAACUACUUAAUUAAACAAUGUAACGUGAUCGUAUAUUUGUAUCUAUAUAUGAUCGGAAAUAAUGCUAACUCCGUGCAACUACAUAUACAUGUGUCCUGAAGAUUAUUGAAAGUGUGUAACCUAUUUGUUACGCGUAAUAAAGUUGUUUCUUUUCUUUUUA